UAGUCGCAACUCGCAUUCAGUUUGGAGUUUGUAUCGCUGCGAUGACGUUUAAAUUGCGGCUGGCGUCGCUCUUUGACGAUCCCAAUUGCCUGCUGAGUGCCAGGAAUCGGUAUCAGUUUUUGGUUACGCUGCUGGUGAACAUUGCCACCUUCUCGCAUGGCCUGGGCGUGGGCUGGAUGUCCCCAGUGAUGCGGGAUCUGCAAACUGCAAAGUCUCCCCUCGACUUUGCUGUGCUCGUGCAUGAGAUAUCCUGGAUUGGUUCACUCGUGGGCAUUGGCAGCGUCAUGGGCAAUAUACUAGCGGGCACCCUGCAAGAUCGCAUUGGGCGCAAAAUGGUCAUGUUCGGCAUUGCCAUACCCUAUACGAUCUUUUGGUGCCUCAUCUACUUCGUGCAGAGCGUGUAGUACCUCUAUGUGGGUCGUCUGAUGGCUGGCAUGACUGGCGGCGCCUGCUAUGUCGUUCUGCCCACAUUCAUUAGCGAAAUUGCGGACACCCACGUGCGCGGUCGUUUGGGCUCCAUGAUUUUGCUGUCGGUCAACACGGGCGUGCUCACAGGAUACAUCGUGUCCACGUCUGUUUCCUACUUUACAGCGCCACCUUUUAUUGUUGCGCUGCCAAUUUGUUAUUUUAUUUGCAAUUUCCUGUUUCCGGAAACGCCACAUCAUCUCAUACGCAAGGGUGAACUUGCAGCAGCGGAGAAAUCCUUCCGUUUCUACAAGAACACCAAGAGAGGAGACAGCAAGGCGGCGAGUGAGUUUGAGGAGCUAAAGUUUGCACUGAACAAAGCGCAGGUGCAGAGUGAUUUGUCCUUUAAUUACAGAGAUUUCAUCACCAAACCCGCCUUGAAGGCCUAUGCCUCAGCCUUGGCCCUGCUCAUUUGCAACCAAUUCAGUGGCAGUUUCUGCGUCACCACCUAUCUGUCGGACAUCUUUGCCGCCUCGCACACCACACUGGAUGUGGGCAUGUGCACCAUUAUCAUUGGCGUGCUGCAAAUUGUGGGCAACUAUGUGACGACGCUGCUGUGCGAUAAGUAUGGAAGGAGGAUCCUAAUGCUGAUCUCCACCUCCGGUGCGGCUGUCUGCUUGGCCACCUUUGGCUGCUUCACGUACUUUGCCGGCAGCCACGAUCUGUCCGUGGUGGGUUGGCUGCCCCUCGUCAUACUCUCCUGCUAUGUUUUCCUGUGCAACAUUGGCAUGGUUGGGUGUCUGUUUGUGGUGCUCGUGGAACUGUUUCCAGCUAAGAUCCGUUCAGCUGCUGUCUCCACCUUUGUGGUCAUACUCAGCUCCACAGUUUUUCUCACACUCAAAAUCUUUCCCAUUUGCAUGGCCGUGUGGGGCAUUUCCGUGACCAUGUGCUGCUGCAGUGUGAUUACGUUCUCCGGCUUUCUCUACUUUAGCUUCUUCUUGGAGGAGACCAGAGGCAAAUCGCUACUGGAGUCUUAGUUGAUUUACAGUCAAAGCCAACAAACUUAUCUCAGAGAGAGAGAGAGCGAGCGAAAGAGAGAGAGAGCGACAUCGCACCUGUGUGAGAUUAAGCCUAAGCCUAAGAACAGAAUUUAUCUUUAUGGCCAGAGGAUAUGCCCGGUUAGAUACUUAAGUUGAUUGUCCCCCCAGUACAGUGAUCAGCGAGCCACAGGCUAAUAAAGAACUAGGAAAUUAUAGUUAAA